CAGAUGGUAAACACAUUGAUUUGUACCCAGAUCACUUUAACCUGGCACCCACGUCUGAGCCUGGCGGUGCAAACAACUGGGCAAAGGCUGCCUGGAUGCUGGAUGGAGCCCUGGGAAACGAGAGCCACCAAGUGAAAGAAAACAUUUUCAAAGGAAGGAAACAGCGUUAGGAUGUUGUGGCGUAUGCGCAGUCGCUCCAGGACAAUCUGUUUGUCCUUGGCCUUCAUCACAAUUUUCCUCUACCUCCUCCUGGCGCUUGUCUCUCUUCCCGUUUACCACCAGCCCUGCGACCCCCUGCUGCCACCCAGGACACACAUCCUGCAGAACCUGGCACGCACUAACUACACCUCUGUGGGGACGAGCGGUUCAGCUCAGCCUCCAGCCGACACCACACGUAGAGAUCCUUCCACUAAAGAUGCCGAUAAGGUUGUCAAAGGCCGUGUGCGAACAGUUGCCGACGUGUUCUUAUCGGUGAAAGUGGGUAAAAAUGCCUCAGUGAACAUGCCAGUCAACGUGGGUCGCCAUGGCGCUAGCCGAGCUGAAUCUGUGGAGGCUGGGCUGUCAAAGCUGGAGGCGCUCUUUGACCAUCCUCUUUACAAUGUGCCCAGCGCUCCAGUCCCUGAGGAGGACUGGCUGUUGAAAGUGAAACCAAAGGUCAAGGCUAGCGAGAGGAGCUCCCAGAUGUGGGUGAGUGCUGGCCAGGAGGGCUACGAGGACGUCCAGUGGAACAGCAACAGCGACAGCCAUCCUCCCUGGCUGCGGUUCCACCUGGGCAUCUCCCGCUGGCAGCUGUACCCCCAUCGAGACCCCAACAUGGAACCUCUGAGCCAGCAGCUCGCCACGCACAACAUCGUCAGUGCAGUGCAGAAGUCUGGAGGGACGCAACUGAAGCUGGUGAUGUCAUUUCCCAACUAUGGACAAGCCAUGUUUAAACCCAUGAAGCAGGAGCGAGACGAGGAAACCAAUUAUAACCUGUACUACUUCUCCGACUUUGAGAGACACAACGCAGAAAUUGCAGCUUUCCACCUGGACAGGAUUUUGGGCUACAGGAGGAUCCCUCCAGUGGUGGGGAGGCUGGUGGAUGUGGUCAAGGAGAUCAAAGACAUCACCACUGACCGCAAGCUGGCCCGAACAUUUUUUACCUCCCCUGUGGGUAACAUGUGUUUCUACGGCCAGUGCUCCUACUACUGUUCCACAGAGCACGCUGUGUGCGGCCGCCCCACACACCUGGAGGCCUCCAUGGCUGUCAUGCUGCCUGAUCUCUCCCUGGCGGCCCGCAGGACCUGGAGAUCCCCCUGGAGACGCUCCUACAGCCGCAGCAAGCGGGCAAAGUGGGAGUCAGAUCCACACUACUGUUCGAUGGUGAAAAAGACUCCGCCGUACAACAAGGGCACAAGACUGCUGGACUUCAUAGAUAUGGUCAUACUGGACUUCUUGAUGAGUAACAUGGACCGGCACCAUUAUGAAACCUUCGAGAAGUUUGGCAACCAUACUUUCCUACUGCACCUUGACAAUGGGAGAGCAUUUGGGCGACACUCCAAAGAUGAACCUUCGAUCCUGGCUCCUCUGGAACAGUGCUGCAGAAUCCGUCGCUCCACUUGGCUCCGCCUGCGUCUCCUGACUCUGCCGCAGUAUCGUCUCAGCGACGUCAUGAGCGCCUCGCUGUCCCUCGAUCCCCUUCACAGCGUGGCUCCGCUACUGUCAGAGCCCCACCUUGCUGCUCUUGACCGCCGUUUGAAAACUGUGCUGGAGACUGUGAGUCGUUGCCAAAAGAGACAGAGUGAAGAUGGUGCUGAUGGAGAGGUCAUCUAUGACGACAUUGUCCACUUGAAAGACACAACCACACCUGCAGGGUAGGCCGCGCUGUGUGACACUGAUGUAAAUGAUUACAUGUUACACUUGCACAUGCAAAAUGGUGUCUCAGUUGCAUUAAUGCCAUAGUUAAAGUCACAUGGAUAUUUAAUGGUGUCUUGACAUGUUCUCAGUUACAGUAAAACAUGUUGUAAUCUGCUGAAAAAGAUGUGAUGACAACAAAACUAA